AUGACCAAGCCCCAAGGACUGCACCAGACCGUGUAUGCCGGCGCUUUUGUUCAUAGUACAGACUUGAACGAGCUUGAAAUCUGCGAGAAUGGCGCUAUUGGUGUCGAUGAAGACGGAAAAAUCGCCUUUGUUGAGCGUAAUGUGGAAGACUUGAAUGCGGUCGUUGAGAAGCACGGCUGGAAAAGCCCAGUCCUCGUGCGCGCUCCAGAUUGUGGUUUCUUCUUUCCAGGCUUCAUCGACACACACAUCCAUGCUUCACAAUACCCAAAUGCUGGUAUCUUUGGGAAAUCGACGCUCCUCGACUGGCUCGAGACCUAUACCUUCCCUCUUGAAUCAUCGCUCUCGUCACGGCCAAAGGCCAAAACCGUCUAUACACGAUGUGUACAGCGGACGCUCUCUCAUGGGACAACGACUGCAGCAUAUUACGCCACCGCUCAUGCUGGAAGCACAAAUCUGCUCUCGGACGUCUGCCUGCAGCUUGGUCAACGGGCCUUUAUCGGCCGCUGUAACAUGGAUAGCUUGGCACCGGAUUGGUACAAAGACAGCUCUGCUUCCACUGCAGUAGACGAUACUCGGGAGACAAUUGCGCACAUUGCAUCCAUUGAUCCGGAGCAUAAGCUCAUCACGCCGAUUCUUACUCCCCGCUUCGCCCCAAGCUGUUCUUCUGAGCUUUUGACACAGCUCGGCAAGUUGCAUGCAGAAACCGGUCUACCAUGCCAGACGCACAUUUCCGAAAAUAUUCCUGAACUCGAACUUGUUCAAAAGCUAUUUCCUCAAUAUUCAUCGUACGCCGACGUAUACGACGCCCACGGCUUACUCACACCAGGCAUGGUGCUCGCUCACGCCGUGUACCUGACGCCAAAAGAACAGGCAUUGAUCAAGGCGCGCGACGCUAAGAUUAGCCAUUGCCCGGCUAGUAACUCAUCCCUUUCAUCCGGUUGCGCAAGAGUCCGCACCUUGCUCGAUCAGGGCAUCACCGUUGGUCUCGGCACUGAUAUCUCGGGCGGCUACUCUCCCAGUGUGCUCGAGGCUGCGCGCCAGGCUGCGCUGGUCUCGCGACAUGUAGCCAUGACAGAUGGCGAUGCGGCCAAGCUAUCGGUCGAGGAGGUGCUCUACCUCUCCACAAAAGGAGGCGCGCGGGUAAUGGGCCUCGACGCUAAAGUCGGUUCCUUCGACAAGGGGCUCGAGUGGGAUGCCCAGAUGAUCAGCCUGGGUGUCGUUCCCGAGGGCGGCACGAUGGGCAACGUGGACGAAGGCCCUGUCGACAUUUUUGGCUGGGAAAGCUGGGACGAACGUGUUGCAAAAUGGGUCUACAAUGGAGAUGAUCGCAAUACGCGGGCCGUCUGGGUCCGAGGCCACAAGGUCCAUCAAAAACCCUAG